CAUGUAAACAAAUGUCGUGUGACUGUAGGAGACUGUGGUGUCCUUAAUACUGUUCCGUGUUACUUUAUUCCCGGGAGAUAAUAAGAAAUAUUGUUGAAGAUGCCACCAGUUCGCGUUAAACACGUUACUUCCUUUUCUUCUCAGGAUCCUAAACACCCGGUUGAGGACUUGGUGAAGGGUCGUGGGUCAUGGCUCAGUCAUCCCGGGGACAAGUCAUGUCGGCUCCAGGCAGACUUGCAGCUGGAUUGGGCAACAACAAUUAACUACAUUGACAUAGGUAAUGCUGGGAGUGUGAUGGUGAGUGUAGAAGUGGGGCGGUCCUCGUGGCCCACAAAUCAGUCUCUUGUGACGUUGCUGCCAGCAGUGUCCCUCAUGACCCCCGAAGAUUGGCGUGCAGGAAAAAAUAAAACUACAGUUCGCAUGUUUAAGCAAGAUGAUAUGAACAGUGAAGCCUUUAAGGAGAAAUGGGACAGAGUGAGGGUAGUGUGUAUACAUCCAUUCAGGAGAGAUGCACAAUUUGGCCUCUCCCUCUUCCGACUUCAUACCAAUGCUGAGGCACUGGUAGGGGGAGAAGGUCGCACUAGAGAUGUUAUGAAUUUGGCCAUCACCACUUCUCACACUGACUUGAAGAAAGAGCUGGUGUCCAGAAUGAAUCUUUCUGAAGUGAAGAAAAAAACAAUUUCUCAAAAAAUUGGUUGGCUGGAGAAUAAGGUGUUAAACAACUGUGAGAAAGACAGGACAGGGCCACCUCUCAAUCCCCUAACCUCUCCUGUGUCUCGGGCUGCACACUUGAUAUCCCUGGCAGCAACACCACCAAGUAAGAAGGCUGCAGAUUCACAUAAGGUAAAAUUGGAGUGUGAGGCACUGGAGUUCCUCAUCUCCCUUGAUCUCUCCUUGGAGGAUAUAUGUUCCCUCAAAGUUUUAGGAGUUCGUCAGCAGUUUGAAAAAAAAGAAAAAAAAAGCUUGAAUCAUGAUGAAAAGGUGAUCUUUAAGAAUAUUGCUCUGGACUAUGCUAAGCAGAGACUUGAAAACUUAGAGAAACAACAAGAAAAUUCUUCGGUUAAAUCUUCUCUUGAAAAUGGAGUCUUAGAAAAUCAAAGAAAAUCAAUUAAAAAUGAGAAAGAAAAUCAUAGAAGACAUGUAUUAAAAUCACCAGAAAAUAAUAAGAGAGAAGCAGUUGCUAAUGUAAAAAUGCUAAAGCAAGUUGGAGACAGACUGAGCAAAGGAAGAGUUCAACACAAAGAGGGCACUAAUGAAACAGCCACGUCUCCUUCUCACCCUCCUCGUAAGUUUACAUUUAGACGUGCAGAAAUUCCCCCGGGAAGCCCUGUAGAUUUACUAAAGAGAAAGACCAACUCUUCUCAUAGUGUGAGUAAUGAUAGACUGAAGUUAAGGGAGAAUGAUGACUUAUCUUCUGAUUCAUCUCUUCCAUCGUCCCACAGAAAUAAUCUUGCUCUCUCUGAUUCAAAGGUGAUCUCUCCCAAGAACUUCUCGAGGGGAAGACACAAGAGGAAACUUAUUCAACAGUCUUAUUUAAACAAACAGUCUCAGUUAGAUGUCUGGAUAAGCCCAAAGGAAAAACGAAAAAAGCAAGAUAAAUCAUUUACUUACUCUAAUCAUAGCAAGAAUCAGUUUACCUCAGAAUUAAAUAUUGUUGAUGAUGAUCUCAUUGUGAUUGAUGAUGAGGACGAUAACAAAACAUCAGGCACUUUCAGUAAAUGUGACACAGGUGGUGGUUUCAUAGAUGAUGUAACAGCUUGGCAAAAUGCUAAUCCCCUUCAAAAAUAUAGCAAAACUGAGCACCAGGAAGAUGGUCACCAAUUAAAUGGGUGGAUUUCAAGAACAUCACCAAAGUGUAAAGUUGAUAAACCUGGUUUUUGCCUUGGUGCUUCACCUGCUGAUAAAUUUGGCACAUCCAGAAAAAAGAAACAGUCACAAGAGGACAACUUAGAGAUUCAAUCAUCAUCUUUGGCCAGUGAUGGUGAUCCAACCAUGGUAGAAUGUCCUCUGUGUUCAGAACUUUUCCAGUCAUCAGAAAUAGAGUCUCAUGCUGCCUCAUGUGGCACCACAGUCUGCCUGGAGUCAGAAGCAGGUGGUGCUCACUUUCAGCGGAGCCUCACUUACACAGAGGACAAGGCAGAUGAAGUGGAGGAAUGUCCAGUGUGUGGUGAUUGGGUCAGAAGUUGUGACAUUGAGGACCAUGCAACAGACUGUGCCAACUCCAUGUUUGACUGACACAGAUAAGAGUUUGUUACAUCUGGUUGUAUGUUUUAUUGUUCCCAAGAAUUUAUUCACUUGAUGCAAAAGGAGCCAAAUCAAAUGAUGUGCUGUUUGAUGUGAUGACAUUGACUCCAUCAUGUUGAUACUUGCUUCACUGUUGGUGCAUCACAACACACAUCACAUCACUCACCAUACUAAUGGAACUCCCAUCAGUGCAAAUCAUCAAGCCAUCUCAUAUUUUUGUUUGUUUCAUCAUUAUUUAAAAUCAAAUCAAAUUUCUCAUUUGCUGUACUUUAUAUAGAAAAUUGGGUUGUUAUGGAUUGGAGGAUAGGAUUACUGCUUCAGGAGUGUCCGCCUGUGAGUCUCCUCAAUCAUUCGCGAACAUUCUUAAAGAGGAACUGAAGGUGUUUAAAAAAGAUCAGGGUGAUACUAAAUGAUAAUAAUAAUAAUAGCUGGACUUUUGUUUCUCAAAAGUGCCAUUUCUUCUAAAAGAAUUCAUUGGUAUUCGAAACACUACAAAGUUAAAGACUUGAGAGUAAAAAUAAAUACUGCACUACAGUAAAAGAUCACAAAAAGUGACAGUUCAACUAAUAUCAUUCAUAUACCCUUAAUUUUUAAUACAGAUAAACCUCUGUUUAUGACCUCCCAGUCUACAAAAAUUCGCAUUAACGAUACCAUUAUAUUAAGACCACUUCCCUAUUUGUGAUGUAAACAACUUGCAUAAUGAUACAAUAUUCGUCAUCCCGCCAGCUUCCCAAGUCGGCAUAUGGAACACAUUACUCACUUCAUUUGUUAGCUGAAGCGUCAUCUUCCCGAACACCAUCUCAUGGCCAUCUGGUGAACUACAGUCCAAGCAUUGUUUCUUCUUGGUUACAUGUGUGUAAGAAAGGGAACUCGGUGUUUAUCGGUCAUCGUCGGUGUUAUUAUUUUUACCUUACAGUGAGAGGACAUCACGAAAGUUCACAUUGUAUUGUACUCUGUUUUAGUGACUGUGAAGUCUUUUCCCUGUUUUAAUGACUGUGAAGUAGUACUUUUGCUUUAUGAAGUGCUUUUGCUCUGAUCCCUCACCCUGACAAUGGGUGACCUGACAUUGCAUCAGAAGGUUGGUAUGAGACCACUAAUCCCGCCAUCCCAACUUCACCACAAAUGAGAGAAGAGUUUAUAUACAAUGGGUGGACCUGACAUUGCAUCAGGUCAGGUCAGUUAACAGGAGACCCACUAAUCCCCUACCACACCUCCAUCACAAGUGUUAAAAACCAUAAAAAGUGAUUACAGUUAUGUAUUACAUUCAGGAGAUUGGACAGUAUACUCCUACUGUAGGCUUAAGACGACAGUAGUAAUAUACCCUGUACUGUACAUUGUUUUGCUUGUUUGUAAUAUAUUGUACGUGUACAGUGGUAUUUGCAUAAAUAAAUACACCUCUUGAGUCUGUUCAUGUGAGAUGCGCCACUUAGAUUUAAGGAAAACAGUGGAGAAUUCCACUGUGAUACACAGCUCCAUUCAUGAGGUGCCUCAUAUGCCUGUAUCGUGUGGAUUCAUGUUACUUGUAUAUUAUUUGUAAUUCGUAACCCAUUCCCCAAAUAUGUAACUGUAUAUUUUUAGCCUUCUGGCUGCCAAGCUCUUUCAAUAAACCGUUAAUUAUUAUU